ACAACAGUCAGUGAGUGAAUUAUUAAAGAUGCACAUUAGGUUAGCAGUUUUAGUGUUUUGCACUUCGUUCGUAGAUCAGCUGCUAAGUUCGCCUCAUUUUUGGAGCGUCCCAUUGUUUAAAACGAAAGUGUCAGUUUAUAGGACGCGAAGGAAACUAUCUUCGCCAACUCCACCCGAGAACUAUUGCCGCAAAGAUCUAUGUCCGCCGAAUGUGCAACACAUCGCUUGUGACAAUCCGUUUUGGGGACCAGAGUGUACAAAACCUCGGGCAGGAGUCAACAUGGACAAAAUAAAGACAAAAAUCGAAGACCUUCAUAAUAAUUACCGGGCAAAAUUAUCGGUAUCAGGUUUGGGUAAAUUACCCCUGGCUAAAGGUUUGCCGAAAAUCCAUUGGAAUGAAGAGCUCUCCAUACUGGCGAUGAGGAUCACAAACUUUUGCAAUGAUGAAGAGGCUAGUAAGUGCGUGAAUACGCCACAUUUUCUUCAUGUGGCCCGGAAUUCCUUUUACCACGAAACUACAAACAGUUCUAAGAAUAUAUCUCCAGAGAACUUUAUUCUUGAAACGAUUAAAUAUUGGGGGGACUAUUAUAAAUGUUUCGACCCGAACCAUGUUGAAAAGUUUCCCCCUGAUGCUUUGGAGGAUGAACUUGAAUUUGCAAACAUUAUUAAUCAAAAGGUUCGCUUUGUGGGUUGUGGCAUGUUGAUACGAAAUCCUGGUUUAUCUCCAUUUUACUAUGUCACUUGUCUUUAUAACGAUAAGGUUAAGCCUGGGCAAAAAUUGUACGAUUAAUUUCUUGUUUAUACAUUUAUUUAAGCUCUGGUACCAUAUAAUAAAAUGUAAAACAAAUAAA